AUGUCCUGUCAUGAUAUCCUGCCAUCUGGUAGUACGACUGUCGAUGAAACAGCAGACAACAAGAAGCAAACAGCACUCAUUACUGGAGCCACGGGACAUGUUGGUCGAGUACUUUGUGAAAGAAUUGCCAAACCAAAACAAUUAACUGUCCAAACAUCAUCAAACAAGAUCAAACAAAAUGAAAAUAAUAGCAAUGAUGAUAUUAAUAAUUUAUUAUCAUCAAUAGAAAAAGAUUUUGGAAAAAUUAUCAUUCUCGGAAGAAAUGUCACGAUUGGCAGUGAAUUGGAAAACAAGUAUUUAAAUGUUGAGUUUAUCAAGUGUGAUAUUAGUGAUUCGGAGAGUGUUAAUACAUUAUUAGAUCCAAUCUUGUCGAGUGUUGAUGUGAUUUUCCAUUGUGCAGCCUUGUCGACUUCAUGGGCUAGAGCUACUGAUUUAUACAAGGCAAAUGUUCAAGGUACAAUGAAUUUGGCCAAUUUGGCACUCGCUCACUAUAAGAAAAAUAAGAAAUUGAGUAGAUUUGUAUUUGUUGGAACACCCUCUAUUUAUAUGAGUAGGGAACAUUUGUAUAAUGUUAGUGAGAAUAAUGAUGAAACACUGAAAAUGGAAAACAUGUUGAAUGAAUAUGCCAAGACCAAGUAUAUGGCUGAACAAUUUAUUUUGAGUUUGUAUAGAGAGCAUCAGUUCCCAGUAGUUUCUAUAAGGCCACGUGCAGUAAUUGGAAUUCAUGAUACUGCAAUUUUACCAAGAAUUACUCAAGUUUUACGUGAGAGAAGAUUUGUAAAUAUUUCAGAGAAGGACAAACCACUUUUGAUUGAUUUGACUUAUAUCGAUAAUGUUGUUGAUGCUCUGCUUUUAGCCUACAAGAGAGACAAGUGUUUGGGAAAGGCUUACAAUAUCACAAAUGGAGAACCAUUGGAUUUACAUAAAUUAUGUAAGGAAUUGAGUAAGGACUAUUUGAACAUUGAUUUGAAUUAUGAGAAAAAGACUGGACCUGAUACUUUUGUUCCCAAGAAGAUCAAUUUUACAUUCGCUUACUUUAUUGGAUAUAUUUUUGAAUGUGUUUUUUCCUUGUUAGGUAUUUAUGAUAGAGACCCACCUCUUUCUAGAUAUGCAGUUGCUACCAUUUCUAGAAGUGCCACUUUUGAUUUGAGUAAUGCCCAGAGAGACUUGGGCUAUUCUCCAAGAGUGCCUAUCAGAGAAGGUAUUCAAAAGGUUAUGCGAGCAAGUAAAUUAUAA